AUCGCCACCACUGUCUUCGAAUACCUCAUCUCUUCAUAUCACCCUCGCUGCCCUCUUCCUUCCUGCGGAUUUGUAAACUAUGGCACGCACCAAGCAGACUGCGAGGAAGUCCACGGGAGGCAAGGCGCCCCGUAAGCAACUGGCCACGAAGGCUGCCAGGAAGUCUGCCCCUGCCACUGGGGGUGUGAAGAAGCCUCACAGGUACAGGCCCGGGACUGUUGCUCUGAGGGAGAUCAGGAAGUACCAGAAAUCUACCGAGCUUUUGAUCCGGAAGCUACCGUUCCAAAGGCUGGUCAGGGAGAUCGCUCAGGACUUCAAGACAGAUCUACGUUUCCAGAGCAGUGCAGUCCUUGCUCUUCAAGAAGCUGCAGAGGCCUACUUGGUUGGGCUCUUCGAGGAUACCAAUCUGUGUGCCAUCCACGCGAAGAGGGUCACUAUCAUGCCCAAAGAUAUUCAGCUCGCCCGCCGAAUCCGUGGCGAACGCGCAUAAUCAGGUCUAGGUGGUGCAAAUUCUCUUACAGAAAUUCAGGUCGGAAGGUGGGAAGCUGACAUUUCAAACAUAUCGGGUUUAGAUAUCUAUGAAAGCUGUACACCCUGACGUGUCUCUUUCACAUGAUGCCGGUUCCACGUUGGUUCAAGGGUUCUAGGUCCGAGCACGAUCUAUACAUAGAGUCUUAGCACAUCUCGUGCUACUGAGGAUCGAGGGUCAAGCAAAAGCACUAGACAAACCCAAUUGCCCUCCUGCCUCUAUUAAGACGAGGUAUACAAGGAGAAUAAGAUACCAUUUUGUACAAGAAUGUCACUCUGUAUAUAAAGGCUGUUUCGCUCCACUUACCCGGUGGUAACUUUAAUCAACU